UCGUGGAGCCACCACUGGAGGCACAUAAAUAGAAGUCUGGGAGGGCUGUGGGGUGAAGACCAGAGACGCCUCUCAGGAUCUUGCACUACAUCCCAGCGCCUGUCCUGACUGCCCAGACACCCCACAGCUAACCAGAAACAUCUCCUCUUUCCCUCCCAGGAACAUGGCCCUCACCGGCGCCCUUCGCCUGCUGCUCACCUGCCUCCUGCUCCACAGCGCGGCCCCAAAACCCAUGUGUGACCCCAGCACCUGCCCCCCGUGCCCCGAGAGGGUCCUGGAGGGGCCAACCACCGCCACUGCCUGGGACUGCUGCCCCCCCUGCCCCCCGCCCUGCCCCUGCCCGCCCUACCUGGAGAGCGAGUGUGAGCUGCAAGGCUUCUCCAGCGGCCGCGUCCCCGCCGGCCGCUCCUUCUACAUCGACUUCGCCCGCAAGCUGUGCACCUGCCACCCCGGGGAGGGCAUCACCUGCACCCCUCUGUGCCCACCCCUGCCCCACACCUGCCAGGCCGUGGGCAGCCCCGUGGCCGACGGGUGCCCACGCUGCGUCUGCUACGACCAGGAGGAGAUGGCAGUGCCCGCCGGCACCACCACCACCCGCGGCACCCAGACCUGCUCCUGCCCUCCCCAGGGGGGGCAGCUGCAGUGCAGCGGUGGGGAGGGCAAGGAGUGAAGCUCCUCUCCUCUGGCAGCGUCCUCGCUGAGAGGUGUUGAACGCUUCCAACUGCCCUGGAGGACUUGGGGGUUGUCACGGCCGUGCCACGGAGCGCUGGAGAGAUGCCACCUUCUCUGUCAUUUAUACGCCAGGGCAGAAUGUCUGUAGGGCUUGCUUGGUUGUAAGGUUUGUUCACAGCUUGUUGUAAGGUUUGUUGUCUGAUCACAGCAAUGGGCCAUGAGAGCUCAGACUGACUGCUGCUCACAUGUAACUGGAGCAAAACGCAGCUAUUUAUUUAUUUGCGAGACGGUUCUGCUUUUGUAUGUGUUUGUGUUUAUAUAGGCUGUUUAUAUUAAACUCGCUGGAUAAACUUCCUCUCAGGAGCCAGGUUUUUGCUUCCUGUAAUUCCAUGGGGUUCAAAAUGGUGGGAUCAAAAUCAGAGGAUGGUCUGACACCUUCUCUACUAUCUUGUCAUGGGGUGGGAGGAGGAGGUGGGUUGGCACAGGAAUGUGUUCUUGGGAGGCAAACCCCUUUCAUUUCUCCGUUUUCACCAUUUCACCAUUCAUUUCAAGGCAAAGCCUUGAAGACCCACAUAAGGAUGUUGGCAGUCAAGGCUCAGUCCUUCACAGCCACCUCAGUGUUACCCAGGACUGACCUCGCUGUCAGUCCCUGCUGUGUCCCAAUUCAGCAGGAAUAUCCC